AGAUAUAGUAUAUUUAUGAAACUAUAGAGACAAAAUUUUUAAAGAAGUGACUUUUCUACUACUUGAGUGUGUAUUUCAAUUUUCUCCACUUAGUUUUACAUGUUUUCCUUCAUUUUACACUAUGACGGAUUCCUCAAAUGUUUUCAUCAAUAAUUUUGAUAAUAAACCUGAGUUUCUAACACUCAUAAAAUCGAUUGUAAAGAAAGAUGAUGCAAACCGAUUGCUAGCAGUAUUAAAUAAUCUUAGUCAGGAUGCUACUACUUUAAAUACCACUGACAAGGAUAAAUGUAACGAAAUAAAAAGUAAACUAUUUGGUUUUGAGCAUACAGUUCUUGGAUAUGAUGACUUAUUGCAUCUUGCAGUUCUAUAUCAUGCUUCCGCUUGUAUUCAAAUCUUAAUCAACCCACCAUAUAUGUGGAGUCCAUAUUACGUGAAUAAAAAUGGGGAAAGUGCCAUGCAACUAGCCGAACAACAAGGAUGUUUAAAAUUGCAAUACAUAAUGGCAGCAAAUUCACCAGAAAAUUUUUUUGUCACUCCUGAGUUUUCACUUCGAUCAGUUUCGUCACUUUUAAUUUAUCCACAAGCAUUUAUUACAGAACCAUUUUCUUAUAGUGAGCUUUUCACUUGGAAUUAUUACGAUGUUAUGCCUGGUAGAGCAGUUGAAUAUCUAAAUAACAGAAUAAUUGGUCCAUAUAGAUCAGUUCAUAAUUUAUCAUUACUUUUUGAAUUAAUGAUUGCAACUCCAGAAAUUUGUCCUACAAUAUUAUCAGAUAUAAAUGAAGUACGUAAAAUUUUAAAUGAUAUUAAGAAAUAUUAUGAAAAUUAUAAUACAACAUUAGAUGAUAAAUGCCGAUAUACUAUGGAACUACAUUUUUUAACUAUUUUCUCUGAACAUAUGACAGUAACGCAUAAAUGGGAAGAAAUAUGGAAUAGAUUAUUUUAUACAUGGUUAUUUUAUCGUACAGUAAUUAUAAAUAAAAAGAAUAUCAAAUGGGAUAACAUCAACACUUACAUGUACAUUCAACAUCCAUUUGAAUUACAAGCUAUUUGUCGUAUUUCAUUGAGAAGAUAUGCAGUACAACAAACAGGUGUCAACUACGCUUAUUUCGUUAAACAUUUGGAUUUACCAAUACACUUGAAAAAUUACCUACUCUAUAGUGAAUACUGGUCCGUUUGA